AUGUCAAAGCCAGUACACAGCAAAAAUGAAAUACUGAGGUCCAACACUGGUUUGACCAUCAAUCCAUCCAAAGCCUAUUCACGCUCAGAAACAAGAUAUAAACUGACAGGACUUACUAUAUUUCAAGGAGGACUUUUCAGGCAAAGUCAAGCAAUCAAGAACAGGUUUCCAUCCAGGGCCACAGGUACACCAAGACUCGAGGAGCAUAUGCUCAUUGUCUUUUGUAUGCUUCUAGUGCCUUCCGUCCAGGUCAAGCAUCAGGGAUCCGAUCAGAGUCCACGGUUAUCAGGUAUAUCAAAACUCGAUGAGCAGUUACUCAUUUGUUUUUGUAUAUUUGUAGUAUCCAUUCCAUCCAGGUCAAGCUUCAAGGUCCAGGUCAAGGUCCACGGUUUUCAGUAUCCAUUCCAUCCAGGUCAAGCUUCAAGGUUCACGUCAAGGUCCACGGUUUUCAGAUCAAGGUCCACGGUUUCAGUAUUCAUUCCAUCCAGGUCAAGCUUCACGGUUAACGUCAAGGUCCACGGUUUUCAGGUCAAGGUCCACGGUUUCAGGUCAAGCUUCACGGUUAACGUCAAGGUCCACGGUUUCCAGAUCAAGGUCCACGGUUUUCAGUAUCCAUUCCAUCCAGUAUCCAUUCCAUCCAGGUCAAGCUUCAAGGUUCAGGUCAAGGUCCACGGUUUUCAGUAUCCAUUCCAUCCAGUAUCCAUUCCAUCCAGGUCAAGCUUCAAGGUUCAGGUCAAGGUCCACGGUUUUCAGUAUCCAUUCCAUCCAGGUCAAGCUUCAAGGUUCAGGUCAAGGUCAGCGGGUUCAGGUCGAGGUCCACGGUUUCAGUAUCCAUUCCAUCCAGUAUCCAUUCCAUCCAGGUCAAGCUUCAAGGUUCAGGUCAAGGUCCACGGUUUUCAGGUCAAGCUUCAAGGUUCAGGUCAAGGUCCACGGUUUUCAGAUCAAGGUCCACGGUUAUCAGUAUCUAUUCCAUCCAGGUCAAGCUUCAAGGUUCACGUCAAGGUCCACGGUUUUCAGAUCGAGGUCCACGGUUUCAGUAUCCAUUCCGUCCAGGUCAAGCAUCAGGGAUCCGAUCAGAGUCCACGGUUAUCAGUAUCCAUUCCAUCCAGGUCAAGCUUCAAGGUCCAGGUCAAGGUCCACGGUUUUCAGGUCAAGCUUCAAGGUUCAGGUCAAGGUCCACGGUUUUCAGGUAUAUCAAAACUCGAUGAGCAGUUACUCACUUGUUUUUGUAUAUUUCUAGUAUCCAUUCCAUCCAGGUCAAGCUUCAAGGUUCAGGUCAAGGUCAACGGUUUUCAGAUCAAGGUCCACGGUUUCAGUAAUAUAUCCAAAGAAACUGGUAUACCUGUAACCCUUGAUAGAGAUUGA